AUGAUCCCCAGCAACUAUAUACAGACACCACCAAACAUCUGGAAGGAUGUUCGAUUGGCUUAUGUACCACAACUCAAACAAUCAGCUCAAUCAUCACCACAAGAGACUAUUAGAGUAUACCCACCAGCUGAACUGCUUGGCCAGGCUCCAGGUGCAUCCGUUGGAGCGGGUCAGAUGCGCAUACAGGAUAGUUUUGCGGUCGUUGAUAGACGCACUGCUGGUGUUCUCGGUCCACUGAUGUUACAGCGGUGCGUGCGCAUUGAGGGUGUCGUUAAAACAAAGGACGGUAGCCCGAUGAUGUUGCCAAUGAGAUUGCUUUUAUUUACCAGAAGGGAUCUUAUGGAGAAGAUUGCACAUGUCAUUCUACAAUCUGGUAUAUCAAUUGAUGCUCCGUUAAUGUACGAUCCUAAGAAACACUGUAACGCUCAGUAUCAAUUACCUGCAAUAGUAUCAGAUAUAAAGCAGCGGAAGACCUUAAAUCGUUUUGGGGAUUCACCAUUUAUACCUCCGCAUAGUUUACUCAAUAAUGGUUCAUCCUCUCUAAACUCUUACUCUUAUCGUCCUCAAUUUUCAGGCAAUUCGAAAACAACAGAAAUCAAUCGCUCUGUCCAAGCAAACGAAAUGCUCGGCAAGAUUAGUGUUGAUAAUGAAUUACCAGAGACUGAACCUUCAGAUGAAGUUAAAACCACUCUUUAUCCUCAUCAAAAAGCGGCUCUAACAUUCUUAUUAGAAACGGAACGUGAACCACGCAGGAAAACAGAUCUAUCUGACAAAUUCUCAUUUUGGAAGCAAACUAAAGAUAAGAAGAAGUAUCAACAUAUUAUUACUCAUAAUUACCUCAAUAAGGAACCCCCUGGUUGUCGUGGCGCAAUCCUGGCGGACGAUAUGGGUCUUGGUAAAACCAUUUCAGUUGUUGCUUUGAUAGCAUCCACGAGGGAAUCAGCUCAUGAGUUUGCUUCUACUGAAUUGGAGGUCGAUUCCGAUACAACACCAAAAAGAGAGGAAAUGCCAGCGCCACCUACUUCUCAGUUUAGUAACUUUGCUAUACAUGGCAUGCCUACUAGCAAUACAGGUGCUACAGAUGCAUUACGAAUGGAAGAUGAUGAUACACUAGAGGGUAAAACACAGAAGAUGCGUCGACAACGCCAAGAGCGUAUAAUUACAAGAAGUAAGGCAACAGUUAUUGUUUGCCCUCUAUCCACACUUAGCAAUUGGGAAGAACAGUUCUUGGAUCAUAUGGCCGUCCAGCCACGUUUUUAUCGUCAUGAUGAGAGGCCUAAGAAGAAGAACGAUGGUGCUUUGCAUAUUUAUAUCUACCAUGGUAAUGGUCGUAAAAGAGAGGCAUCGUUUUUGAGAAAAUUCGACGUCAUUUUGACAGCAUUUUCGACUGUCGCGACAGAAUUUAGCAAGCAACAAGCAGCUAUUGACAAACUAGAAAAAGCCGAAGAACAGUGGGAUGAGAUGCUUAAAAAUGGUACAGCUUAUAGUAGUACGGCUGCUACUACUGAUGGUUUCAGUGAUGACGACGUUACUUUCAUCAAAUCGGGAAGCUCCUCCAUUAAACCUACCAAGUCUACAGCAUCGUCAGCAUCUAAUUCAUCGACGACUAAGGGUAAAGGUAAAGGUAAACGUAAGAAAAAGGGUGAAGGUGAUGAAAUUGAAGGGCUCUGUCCCGAGCUACUAGCAGAGAUGCGAGAAAAUGUAGUCAAUGCUGCCUCACCAUUGCAGCAAAUUGAAUGGUUUAGAGUAGUUCUUGAUGAAGCACACUAUAUUAAGGAUCCAUCGACGAUGAUGUCUAAAGCUGCUUCUGAAAUGGCCGCUAACAGGCGACUAUGCUUGACUGGUACACCGAUACAGAACAAAAUUGAAGAUUUAUACGCCUUGUUGAGGUUUUUGCAUCUAGAACCAUUCGAUCAACGAGAAACGUGGAACACGUAUAUCGGUUUACCUAUUAAAAGUAAUCUCAACGUUGGAUUUGCUAGAAUUCAGAUCAUCAUGAGACAUAUUACAAUGCGUCGUACAAAGGAAAUGAAGAACAUGGAUGGCACCCCAAUCGUUACGCUACCCGAUCGAUCAGAUGAACUCAGGUCAUUAGAAUUCAACCCUCGAGAGAGAGCUAUUUACGACAAUCAGCAUGGGAAAUCGAAGGGCAAAUACGUUGAACUUCGUGAUUCCGAUGGUCUUUCACGUGGUGGUUUUAUAAGCAUUUUACAGGAACUUCUCCGCUUGAGAAUGAUUUGCGAUCAUUAUUGUUUAUGUCCAGAUGCUGUCAAUGCUUUUGCUGAAUCACCUACAGCCCAAGCCCAAGCGAUCUUCCAAGUCAUGCGCGAUUCCGAAACGGCGAAUUGCAUUGACUGCUAUUACGAUUUUGUGCAGUCUCAAGCCCCAGGUGCACAAAAAGAGGAGGAAGAAGAUAAGCCAUUAGUGGAAGAUAAAAUCUUCAAAAAACCAAAGUUGGAAAGUUCCUCCAACACUCCACAAUCAACAGGCUCAGCGAUGGUGCUCCCAAUAAUGAACCUUCAGUGUAAUCACUUGAUUUGUAGCAGCUGUAUCAAGAAACACGUACGCAAUUGGCCAGAAUUUGAAUCAUUCCAAUGUCCAGAUUGUAAAGAAGUCGUUAGCGAUGCAACACAAGUAAUUCAAAUCGACAAUUUCAACGAAACAUUCGCAAGUGUUGAAAAUGAUCUAUCCGUGUUUGAAAAUGAAGUAUCAACAUCAAAACGUAAGAAGAAAAUCGAAAAACCAGAAGAGUUUUCAACAAAAAUAGAAGCAUUAUUGCAUGAUUUAGCAGAAAUUUCAACAACUAAUCCACAUUCAUCUAACUUUAACACCCUGAACUUUGAUGCGGAUAUCAAGGCAGUACCUAAUAAGACUAUCGUAUUUAGUCAAUGGACUAGUAUGUUAGAUCUCAUUGAAUUUGGCUUAAGGGAAUGUCAAAUUGGUUUUAGUAGACUUGAUGGUUCCAUGCAACGUGAUCAGCGUGCUCAUUCACUUGAAAGACUUAAGAAUGAUCCUAAAUGUGAAGUCAUGCUUAUUUCCCUUAGAGCUGGUGGUGUUGGAUUGAAUUUAACAACAGCCAAUAGGGUCUAUAUGAUGGAUAGCUGGUGGAACGUAGCUGUUGAAAAUCAAGCAGUCGACAGAGUCUGUCGUAUCGGCCAAAAGAGACCAGUACAGGUAGUCAGAUAUAUAAUUCAGAACACUAUUGAAGAACACAUUCUUGAGAUUCAAGAACGAAAGACAAGACUUUUCAAAGGUGUUCUUGGUUCAGGUCGUCAACGCUCUAAGGAAGAGGAGCGUAAGGAAAUGUUGGAAAACAUAGCUAUUAUGUUUGGUGACUCACCCGACUCAGUUCAUAAGCCUAAUUGA